CGGAAGUGUUCUGCGGUUGCCUUGGAAAUGUGUCCAGCGGCGACAUGGCCGCGAAGGACUGGCUGGAGCAGCUGCGUGCGGCGCGGAAGACCGCCCUGAUCGCAGAUGGCAAGCGAAAAAUCCAUUACCUGUUUGACAAUGGGAAGGAGAUGGCAGAGGACUAUGACAUGAAGACUAAUUUGCUGCUUGUGAGGAAAUGGAGAGAGAAGAAUGCUCUGGGUGCUUGGGGCAGUUGGCAGGUUGAAGUGGGAGAACCAAACUUGCUUUUGCCAGGAACACUGGAUCAUGAGCUCAUUAAGGAAAGCAGUACCAAUCCUAUCUUUACGCGAAAAGACACCAAAAGAAGUUUCCAGUGGCGGAUCCGGAACCUACCAUAUCCGAAGAAUGUUUAUAGUGUUUCAGUGGAGAAGGAUCAGCGCUGCUGUGUGGUGCGCACGACAAAUAAGAAAUAUUAUAAGAAGUUCUCCAUUCCUGACCUUGACAGAUUCCAGUUGUCCAUGGAGAGCACUUCUCUGAGCUUCACUCAUGCAAACAACACAUUGAUCAUCACGUAUCUGAAGCCCAUUGAGAUUUUGACUGCAGAGGAAGAGCUGCAGAAGGAGCUAAAGAAGAUCACGGCAGCAAAUAAUGGAGAUGGAGAGUGUAAGACACAAUAGCCAGCAAUUGUAGACUAAAAUCUUGUUUGUACAUAUUUUGUUACUUUAACAAAUAAAUCCAGUGAAUUUAUUGUUAA